UACAUUUUCCCUCGAAAACGUGGUUGACCAAGCCUUACUUUGAGACCAGCAACUGGUGAAGGGGCAGAAAGCUGGAGACGAACCAAAGGAAUUAGGGAGGGGAUAAAAAUGGCUGGGAGAAUUCUCUGUUUGAUUUCUGGUGUGGUGGGAUUUAUUGGGUUAAUCGAAUGCUGUGUGGUGGACGCAAAACCCAGAAGGAUUCUUUUGGAUACAGAUGUCGGUAGUGACGAUUUGCCUGCUAUUCUCUACCUGUUGAAGCAGAACAGAUCAGAGUUUGACCUUAAGGCGGUUACUCUAAAUGCAAAUACAUGGGCCGAUGCAGGACAUGCUGUGAACCAUGUGUAUGAUAUGCUAUACAUGAUGGAUCGUGAUGAUAUUCCAGUGGGGGUAGGAGGUGAGGGUGGAAUAUUACCAGAUGGUACCAUACACCCAAAUAUUGGUGGAUAUCUCCCUUUAAUUCACCAGGGCAUGUCAACUGCCGGUGAUUGUCGCUACAGACAAGCUGUUCCCAUAGGGACUGGAGGACGAUUAGAUGUUGACACAAACUAUGGCUUACGCAGGAGUGUUCUUCCACAGGGACCUAGGAAGUAUUCUCCUCUUCAGGAAUCCACAGCUCAGAAAGUGAUGAUUGAUACAAUUUCUGCUGGCUGUACUACUAUAUUUUUAAUUGGAGCACAUACAAAUUUUGCAAUUUUCCUCAUGACAAAUCCACAUUUGAAGAGAAAUGUAGAGGAAAUUUAUGUCAUGGGAGGUGGUGUGAGGUCAAAGAACCCUACAGGGUGCUGCCCCAAGAAUGCUAGCACCACCUGCACACCAGAAGAGUGUGGGGAUCGUGGCAACUUGUAUACUGCAUAUUACAGCAAUCCGUAUGCCGAGUUCAAUAUAUUUGGAGACCCAUUUGCUGCAUAUCAGGUGUUCCAUUCGGGCAUUCCAAUUACACUUAUCCCACUCGACGCAACCAACACUAUCCCCAUAACCAAGCAAUUCUUCAAGGAAUUUGAAAGACAACAUGGUACGCAUGAGGCCAAUUACUGCUUCCAGUCUUUAAAAAUUAUUCGUGAUACCUGGUUCGACGAUCAGUUUUACACAAGCUAUUUCAUGUGGGACUCAUUUAUGGUUGGUGUAGCCCUGUCAAUUAUGCGCAAUUUUCACAACCAUUAUGGUGAAAAUGAAUUUUCGGAGAUGGAAUACAUGAACAUAACGGUAGUAACUUCAAAUAGACCAUAUGGUAUAAAUGAUGGAUCGAACCCAUUCUUUGACAAGCGUCCAAUCCCGAAGUUUAAUCUGAAGAAAAAUGGAGUGCACAGUGGUCAUGUUCAGACUGGAGUUCAAGAUCCAUUUUGCUUCAUCAAGGGAAAAAAGAAAGGAAGGUGCGAGGAUGGAUAUACUAAGGAAGUAACUGGUCAAGAAGCAGUCCAAGUACUUGUUGCCACUAAAGCAAAGGCAAACAAAGAUGAUAAGAGCAAGCUCAACAGAGAAUUUUUUAAAAACUUUUUAGAUGUGUUAAACCUCCGUCAACAAUCUGGGCGCUUCAAUUUUAGUACAGAAUUUCGAUAUUAUCGUGAAACACUCUACAAGCCAGAUUUCAAGAAUCGGAACAUGGGGAAACCUGUCAUUUUUGAUAUGGACAUGAGUGCAGGAGACAUUAUUUCUCUCAUAUACCUCCUGAAAGUGCCAGUGGAAGUACUGGACCUCAAGGGGAUACUAAUCAGUGGCAAUGGCUGGGCAAAUCCUGCAACUAUAGAUAUCAUCUACGAUGUACUACAUAUGAUGGGCCGUGAUGAUAUUCCUGUUGGACUAGGAAGUCUAACUGCUCUGGAGAGUCCAAGUCUUGGUUGCAAGUUUGUCAAUGCUAUACCUCAUGGCAGUGGUGGACAUAUUGACUCUGAUACGCUUUUUGGGUUUGCACGUAAUUUGCCACGAAGCCCUAGAAGUUAUACAGCUCAAAAUUCCGUGGAGUAUGGAGCUCCAAGAAACACUGAUCACCCUGAACUUAGGCAGCAGCUGGCUUUGGAAGUCUGGAAGUCCAUUUCCCGGGAUGCGAAUGCAAGUGAGAAAAUCACAAUUCUGACAAAUGGACCUCUGACCAAUUUAGCCAACAUUCUUCUUUCAGAUAAAAAUGCAACUUCAUUUAUUCAGAAAGUGUACAUAGUUGGUGGAAAUAUUAUCGAUGAUGAAAAAUUGGAAGGGAAUGUCUUCACAGUUCCCUCAAAUAAAUUUGCUGAGUUCAACAUGUUUCUUGAUCCCCUAGCUGCAAAAACCGUCGUAGAAUCCAACCUUGACAUCACUCUCAUCUCUCUCAAAGUUCAGCGCAAAGUGACUUCCUUCCAAGCAAUUCUUCAGAACCUUCAGCUUUCUUGCGGCACUCCUGAAUCAAUUUUUGUCCAUCAAUUGUUGUCAUUGUUGCAGAGACUACAGAAAAAACACCGGCAAUACCACCAUAUGGACGUAUUUCUGGGAGAAAUCCUCGGAGCAGUGUUCAUGUCUGAUCAAUCUCAUUUAAGUCCUGUUAUCAAAGCCAAAAAAAUUGCCGUGUCGAUUGGUAACGUGUCAAUAGAUGGACAAACCACAGUUGACGAAAGGAACGGGAAGCCAGUAAUUGUAUUGGAUAGCUUGGAUACCGAAGCAUACUACAGUAUUUUUGCCAAAUUUUUAGGAAACAAGACGCAAUCGGCUGUGGUUGGAAGUUUUGAUGAACAGAAGAAGAAAUGGAGUACACCAGAUAAAUGUCACUAGAUAUGAUAUCAUUGUUGGAGGUUUUGAUUUUUUUUUUUUCUGCGCGGACCAUUUCUGUGGAAUUGUAGAUUAUAAGGAAAAUAAAAGGUGAGAGUCUGGCAAGUGAACCUUUUUGUAUAGUAUUUAAGCUAAAUGUCUUUCUUUAAUUGUAUUCAGGUUGAUAGUACAGAGUCGUAGGCUCUCUUCAGUUGUUUCUUCUCAAUGGUCUGUUAUAUUACCGUUUUAA